AUGAAGUGGUUUGGGGUCCUCGGGCUGGUGGCCCUCUCAGAGUGCUUGGUCAUGCUCCCUCUGAUGAAGAUCAAAUCCCUGCGAGAAAACCUGCGGGAGAACAACGUGCUGAACGACUACCUGGAGAAAUACCCACGCGGCCUGGCCCACAAGUCUCUUGAGAAACAUCCGGACCCGGGAGUAGCUUUCGAGCCCAUGAGGAACUACCUGGACCUGGCCUACGUGGGCAUCGUCAGCAUCGGCACACCCCCUCAGGACUUCAAGGUGGUCCUGGACACCGGCUCCGCUGACCUGUGGGUGCCUUCCACCUACUGCUCCAGCGGGGCUUGCACUAACCACAGGAGCUUUGACCCUCUGCGCUCCUCCACCUUCCUGGUCUCUGGCCGGCCCAUUCACCUGGUCUAUGGCUCCGGAGCCUUAUCGGGAUUUCUUGCCUACGACACCGUCAGGAUCGGGGGCCUCGUGGAUGCAGCCCAGGCAUUUGGCCUGAGUCUGCAGGAGCCUGGCGACUUCUUGAAAUACGCGGUCUUCGACGGCAUCCUGGGCCUGGGCUACCCCAGCCUGGCCCUUCCGGGAACCACGCCUGUCUUUGACAACCUGUGGAAACAGGGUCUCAUUGCUCAGAACCUCUUUGCCUUCUACCUGAGCAGCAAGGACGAGAAGGGCAGCGUGCUGAUGCUGGGCGGGGUGGACCCCUCCUACUACAGCGGAGAGCUUCACUGGGUGCCGGUGUCCAGACCCACCUACUGGCAGUUAGCCAUGGACAGCAUCUCCAUGAACGGGAAGGUGGUUGCUUGUGACGGCGGCUGCCAGGCCAUUAUGGAUACCGGGACCUCCUUACUGAAUGGCCCACCGAACUAUAUCCUCAGCAUCCAGAAGAUCAUCAACGCCCAGCCCUACAGCAAUGGCCAGUAUGUCGUGGACUGUAACACCGUCGGCUCCCUGCCCGACAUCCACUUCACCAUCAGUGGCGUCGACUACCCAGUGCCAGCCAGUGCCUACAUCCAGGAGAGUCGUUCACACACCUGCUACAGCAGCUUCGAAGGUCUAGACCACGCGUUUCACUCGGAGACCUGGAUCCUGGGAGACGUCUUCCUGAGGCUGUAUUUCACGGUUUUCGAUCGGGCCAACAACAGAAUUGGCCUGGCCCCUGCAGCGUGAACGCUGGGCUUCGCCAGGAGGCUGCGCCCCCCGCG